UACCCAAGAUAGUUUCGUUUGGCUAUGAAAAAUUACGAGGUAGUCGACAAAAAACGAGUUGCAAUUUGCAAAACAUGCGGGUCAAAGAUUACAGACGGAGCUGCCACAACGCCCAACUUUGUUCGACACCUGAAGUUGCACAAAGAAAGGUAUGAAGAAUACCAGAUGAACAAAAGCAUCGUAGAUGAAUCACAACAGCCUUCAAUCUCAAUUCCUGGACACUCGUGUAGGGCGUUACAGCAUGAGCCACCCACAGCAGAAGGCCAUCUCCAAUUCGAUACUGUCUGACUUGAUUAUUGAUUGCAAUUUUCCUGUCUAUUGUGGAAAAUAAGAGCUUUCGUCACUUUCUGGCUUUGCUGGACAGCAAGUAUAUCCCAGUCUGUCGCCGAACACUGACCACAAAAACAGAGAGCCUUGCUGAGGAGAGACGUUCAAAGUCAAAAACUCAAUUGAGCAACACUGACCAUGUUUCAGUCACUGUGGACAUUUGGUCUGAUUGAAAGAUGAGGGGAUUACUUGGUGUCACUGUGCACUGGAUGGAGAGAGAUGCAGAGAGGGUACAGCUAAAGACUAAUCUCUUGGCCUGCAACCGCUUCAAAGGCUCUCACACAGCGGAGCGCAUCUGUGACCAAUUUGAGGCAAUAUGUGAUGAAUACAACAUCAAAGCUAAAUUGGACUAUAUCAUUAGUGACAAUGCUGCUAACAUGCGCAAGGCAUUUACGGUCUGCUUCCCCAGCGAACAGGAGGAAGAUGAUGAUGCUGGAGAUAAUCUUGAUGAUCCUGAGCUAUGGCAUGACUUAACUCUAGAAGACCGUCGAUGCUGCUAUGGCAAAGAAACUGUGCCUGCAGUGUUUUUCACACACAUUGCAGCUGGUUGCGGGAGACGGUUUGAAAGAAACAAAAGCGGCAUUUGUCCUUCUCUCCAAGUUAUCAAAACUUAGCUCCCUGCUCCACACAAGCACAACGUUUAAAGACCUCUUUGAUGGUGAAUUUGGGGAGCACAGAGGCAUCCCUGAGGUGGAAUUCCACACUGCGGCAGGUGAAAGCAGUCCUUCAUUGUGAUCAGCAAAAGCUCUGUGCAGUUCUUGAGAAGGCCGGGUAUAAAGAACUGUCAUUCACACCACAAGAGUGGAAUCUGCUGAAGGAGUUGGUGGACAUCUUGAAACCGUUUGGAGAAGCAACUGAUUUGACACAGGGAGAGAAAGUCAUUACAAUCAGUGCAGUUGUUCCAUCCGUCUUGUCCCUCAAUCACCAUCUUGAGAAGCUGAAGCCUCAAGUUCGUUUCCUGAGCGGCCUGGUCAGAGGUCUGCAGGCAUCCCUGAUAAAAAUAUUUCUUGGGAUCUUCAUUAAUGUGAAAAUAGCCCAGUCUGAAGAAGGGAUCACUGCCCCCUUUUCAAACACAGUCUACCUGAAAGCAGCUGCCUUGGAUCCAGCCUUUUGUCUGCUGUGGAUUGAGCCCCGUCUGCUGUGGAUUGAGCCCCAUGUGCUGGUCAACCGUGACAUCAAGGCAGAGGUGGCACAACGAGUUAACGAAUUGAUUCUGCAAGAUGCUGCAGACACGGAGCAACCUGUGCCUGUGCCGGUGCCUGCUGAAGAAGAACUAGACGACAUGGAAGGAGAAGGGCUGUUUGCUGCAUACCAUAAGAGGCAGAAAAGGGAUGUUGGGACCUCACCAGCAGUACAGCUAAGUCACUACAUUGACAUGGCAGAAGGACAGAAUGCCCUUUUGUUCUGGGCACUGAACAGUAAGACCCUUCACUCUUUCAAGUAGCCAUCCGAGUCUUGGCAGUGCCUGCUUCUAGUGCUCCAGUGGAGCGAGUUUUCAGCCAUGGUGGCAUCAUUCUGCGUCCCCAUCGUGCACAAAUGACUGACAGACUUUUGGCCAAUUUGAUCUUUUGCAAAUGCAAUGCAGUAGAGGGGCCUCCCUCCACCUGUCCACAGCACGCAUGCGCACACACACUCACUCUCUGCUCAUCACCUGUCCACACAGCUCACUCACUCAUUCAUACACACCAGUCUCUAUGGAGUCAUUCCAAUUAUAUUAUCAGGUUGGUCCAGUUUUUCAGAAGUGAUAAUUUUGAGGAGUGAGGAUUUUAUUGAUGACAUGUUUAAAAAAGUUUAGGCUAAAAGGACCCAUGUCUAUUUGAAAGUUAAACUGUUUUGCAAUAUGAGGUCAAUACAAUACAGGACUGAAGCUGCUGUGCAUUGUUCUAGUGCAAUAUGCUGUUGAAAUACAAGCAUUUUUUGUGACAAUUAAAGUUUUUUACUGUAUUUGGUUAAUGUCAUUAUAUUAAAAAGAGGUUUAAAUAAAUACAAAUCUUACAGACAUACAUGAUUUGUAUACAUUUUAUUUCUGUGGUAAGAGGACUUGAAAUGACUCAACUAAAAUGGUAAGACUUUGGACUCGACUUGAGACUUGUUGGCUUUGACUUUUGACUCGA